CAGUAAUCUGCCACAGAAGAAGUCAUCCAGCUUCUCGAGGAACUAUGGCGGCCGCCUUGAGAGGAACGGUAGUAGCAUUGGCCAAGGGCCUGGGAGGCGCCCGCUUGCAUCAGCUGGUCUCUAGACCUCUAAGUGUUUCUGCAAGUCUUUGUGGAUCUGAAACCCCACUUGCCCGUGCUGAUAGUACCUUCAAAGUCACUAUGAUUCCAGGUGAUGGAGUGGGACCUGAGCUGAUGACUGCAGUCAAGGAUGUCUUUAAGGCAGGUGACAUCCCUGUUGAAUUCGAGGAGUUCUUUAUCAGUGAAGUGCAGAACAGGGCGUCUGACGAAAAACUGGAGAAAUUAUUGGACUCGAUGAAAACCAAUAGAGUGGCUAUUAAAGGAAAGAUUCACUCACCAAUGGAGAACAAAGGGGAGUUAGAGUCUUUUGAAAUGAAACUAAGGCGCACACUGGACCUCUUUGCUAACGUGGUCCAUGUGAACAGCCUGCCCGGCUACAGCACUCGCCAUAACAACCUGGACCUCGUCAUCAUUCGUGAGCAGACCGAGGGGGAGUACAGCUCCCUGGAGCACGAGAGUGUGCCCGGUGUGAUCGAAUGUUUGAAGAUCAUCACCAGAGAGAAGUCGCGACGCAUCGCCAAGUUUGCCUUUGACUACGCCACUAAGAUAGGUCGAAGCAAGGUCACAGCAGUUCACAAAGCAAACAUCAUGAAACUAGGCGAUGGGCUGUUUCUGCAGAGCUGUGCAGAGGUGGCGGAACUUUACCCCAAAAUCAAAUAUGAGAACAUAAUCAUCGAUAACUGUUGCAUGCAGCUGGUUCAGAACCCCUACCAGUUUGACGUACUGGUCAUGCCCAACCUUUAUGGAAAUAUCAUCGAUAACUUGGCAGCAGGACUGGUUGGAGGAGCCGGAGUAGUUCCAGGGGAAAGUUACAGUGCAGAAUAUGCUGUUUUUGAAACUGGAGCUCGCCACCCUUUUGCACAAGCAGUGGGCAGGAACAUCGCCAACCCCACAGCAAUGCUCCUCAGUUCUGCUAACAUGCUGAAGCACCUCAAUCUGGAGUACCACUCCCAAAUGGUGUCAGAAGCUGUCAAGAAAGUCAUCAAACAGGGAAAGGUGCGCACCGGAGACCUGGGGGGCUACGCGACAUGCGAUGAAUUCACCCGGGCUGUCAUUGCUAACCUGCCAGUCAUAGCGUUGUAAAUGCAAAUCUGUCAGCUGCUGAGACACACACACACACACACGCACACACCCACACAUUUUCUUUUUUCUUUGCCUUCUGUCACGGACUGUGCACUGUCUUGGCAAAUCUGCACCAAUAUGUUCAUAAAACAUUGUUUAAAGUGACAUUUUGAAGAAAGACCGUUGCAAACAUAUAUCAUCUUCGCCAACCUUUUGCUUUCUCGACACUGCAAAAUUCUGUCUAAUGGCUUUAUUUCAGGUCACUAAGCAGCAGUCAGAACAUGAUGGAUUUAUACAUUUAUUAACGUCGGGUUUUAGCAUAUCGCUUCAUUUAUGGCGAGACGUGAAUAAAAAAUGAGACGUAACAGCAAGAGUGUGAAGCAGUCUCAUGACUCUUAAUGGAAACCGGAUGCAGUAUUUAGUGGUAUUAAAGGUUCAUCACAGCUGUGGGUGGCUUUGGUCAGCAUGUGUUUCCAAGGAGCAACUAGAACUUACUUAUUCCUCUUUUCCUGACACAUGCCGAUCAGGUGGAGCUGGAAAGUCUGCCGUGUAGGAGUCAUAUGAGAAUCUUUGUGUUAGUCACAUGUGAACCAUGGCUGAUGUUCCUGUCGCCCAGCAGGAUUGCAGAAGUAGCUACAUUAUCAAACGACAAGAGCUGGAGACAUUCACACGGAUUACGCUGUACUGUACUGCAAACAUAUUGAUCGCCAGUUUUCUGAAUGUCUUCAAGACCAACCCAAACUCAACUUAGAUAAUCAGCUUUUAAAGGUUUCUUCCUAUACCUUUUUCUGCAUGUUUUACAUACAGGAAACUAAUUACUGGAAAUUACUCAUACUGUAUAAGUUUGAAUCCUGGAAGCUUUUAAUAAAAGAUGCAUAAAAAU